CGGCGGUUUUGGUGUGUAUACCCGGUUCGCGUGGAGGGAAAGACCCAAAGCGUAUUCGCCAGGAAGCAAGGGCAUCACCGAAGCUUUCCACGCCGCUUUGAAGCUAGUUUUCCGUCGGGCUUAACGACGCAGGUGAGCCUGUACAGUCGACUACCAGUUUGGGGCACUAAAUGGAAUUCCAAGGUGGCUGUAGUCUACAUGCGUACGUGAGGUGCCUCUGCAUACAAUUUGUAGGAUAAUGGCUAGUGACAUGACUACAAUGGAAGAAGCAACGGGUGUGCAGAGCGAGGUAGUGGCACCAGAGCCUGCACAGCAGGAGGGAGAUGGUGGAGAGGUGGUGCAGCAGGAGGAAAGCAGAAAGCACCCUGUGCAGCGGGAAGGAGUGGAAGAGGGAGCCAGUGGUGGAGGUGAAGUCGGUGCGACAGUGGAUUUGCCGGAAGCACAAGAGCCAGAGGAGGAGCACACAGAGCCAGAGGAGGAUGAAUAUUUGAGUGUAGAGGAAGGAGAGGAAAAGGAUGGGGAGGAGGAGACUAAGAAACAAGAAGAACUGGUGGGAGAACGAAAAGGGGAAGAGGAAAAAAGAGAGGGGGAGAAAGAGGAGGAGGAGGAGAAGGAGGAGGAGGAGAAAGAGGAUGAGGAGAAGGAGGAGGAGAAAGAGGAGGAGGAGGAGAAAGAGGAGGAGGAGGAGGAAGAAGAGGAGGAGGAGGAAGGGAAGAGUGACAGUGUUCCCAAGAGAAGAAGGAGGAGGCGGAGGGAGGCAAGCAGUGAGUCAGAUGGAGAGACAGAGGAAGGCUAUGGUGACAAUCAGCAUUCAGAGGACACUCAAGAUGUACAAGAGAAAGAGGCAAGUGGCAGGAGGGAAGCAGGGAAGAGGGGAGGAGAGGAAGGGGAAGAAACAGCAGGUGGGAGGGCAGUCGAAGUGACCAAGACACUGGAGGGAGAGGUGAUGAGGGGACGCAGGACUGGGGAGGAGAGGUGGGUGUGUCAUCAAAGAACUGGGGCGAGGAGGAGUGGGGGGUGGAGGAGGGAGACGGGAGGGACGAAGGGAAAACAAGAGAUGCCAGCCCCAAACAGAGCACGAGGGGACAGUCAGGAGGAGGAAGGGAAUUGAGCAAACGAGCCUCAGCAGAGAGAACCACUGCUGGAGACGUGAGGAAGGAGAGAGAAACUGGUACUCCGUCACGACAGAGAGAAAAGUCUGCCGAGAAGGAACUGGACGACGUAGAGAGGUCCGCAUCCACUCGUGACCAGGGCACAGUCGAACCUCCCACCAGAGGAUUCCAAUCAAUGACCUUUUCCCUGACUGCAGACAAACGACUUGUCGUGUCGUCUGAAUCCGGGGGAGGGAGUAGGGGGAGGGGGAGAGGGGGAGGGAGGGGGAAGGGGAGAGGAGGUGGAGGGAGAGGGAGGGGGAGAGGGAGGGGAGAGAAAGACGAUGGAGACUCACUGAUGGUUGGUGCCUCGCGCACAGACCAUCGGAUUGCACCAAAACCUCCACCAAAAGAAAUCACCUCGACAACAGCAGCAGCAGCACCGGUGGAACCAAAGCAGACGAAGCAAGUGAGCGCAACUCUUGAGAAAUCAGAGGUAAAGCCGGCAACACCACCAAAGCCUCCCAGUUCUCCCGACCAGAAUACCGACGGAGCUUCAAGGGAGACAGGGGAGGAGAGGGAAGGAGGAGGCCAGCCUCUCAGUGGCAGUAGUCCUAGUGAUAGAACUGGAGCUGAGACGAGUGAAAUGGCCUCUAAGAGAGCCCCAACUCCUCCCCCCACCACCGGCAGUCAGCCAGUGUCAAAGCCGAAACGCUACUCGUCAAGAAGGAAGACAGGUGGACAGGAGGGUGAGAUGGCACCAGAAAGCUCGUGGGAGCUAAGACAGACCGUCGUCCCGGGAGCAGCAGCCCUCCUUCCGGGAGCCCAUCGCCAAGCGGCCAUACCCUCAGACCCUCAUCUCCGGACCCUCUCUCCUCCCGCUACCCACCCCACCCCUCCCGCCAGCUUCCCUCACCGACCCCGGCAUGUUCCACGGCGUGGUCCCGACCUCAUCGGGGGGAGUACCUGUGCCCAGCAGCCAGCCUGCAGACUGGGCACAACUACAGCUCCAGAUGCAAGUUCUCAGUCAGAGCAACCCGGCGUUUUACACCCAAAUGCAGCAGUUCUUCUGGUCACAGCAGAACAUGCUCCAGAUGCAGCAACACCAGAUGCACGCGGCGGCGGUUGCAGUCGCUGCACAGGGCUACCACAUUCAGCCGCAGCCUGCCGCGGGAGGAGGAGGAGGUGGAGGCGUAUCUGCCACCCCUGGUUUCGCGGGGACCGAAGGAGACUACAACGUGGCCAACGCCGGCGGAGCUGGGGGGCAGUACGUGCAGAUGGCGCCCCCCGGGGGGCUAUUCAUUCCCCCCAUGACCCACAUCCCCUCCCCACAUGACCACAACCUGGCUGAGGAGACGGACGCCAGUCAGACUCCGCGACGCAGUCUUGCUAUCCCCAUUGUCCCUCCCAAGGAAUAAUGUUUUGAAGGCACUAUUAAAUCAUGCAUUGUACAUGGAAUAUUCUAUUAUAGAUUAUAUUUUGUACAAAAAUAAACAUUAGUGACACAAAACCUUGUUUCCUAGUAAACAACCACAGCACAUACAAAAAUGUCCACCACCAUAAUCACACCAAAUUAAAUUGUUUCCUUUAAAGUACAGCAUUUUACAGUAUUCUUCAUUCUUUCUUGUCCGAUACUUCCAAAACGGGUAACCCACACAAAGAAAACUGUUGUU